AUAUAAACAGCAGUGAGAGCGAAUUCUGUUUUCACUCGUUAUUUUAGUUCCUUCAAACACUUGUAACAGAAGUUUAAACCAUUCGUUCGUUCAGAUGUGAAAUAAGUUUAUUUCAACUCCAUAAAUUGAUUAAAAAAAUAAAGGAAAUAUUCCGUUGACGUCGUGAAUCGUUUCAAUAUGCAACUUCACUCUGGAUUGUCAACUUUAGAGCCAUUUCUAAUCAUCGUCACCUUUUCAUCGUAUGCCGGAGUAUUCGCACAGAUAAGUUUUCCAGGCGAUACGGGAACGGGGUCAGGUGACCUCACUAGACAACAAUCCCUUCAACCGCUUCCACCCCAGCAGCAAACGACCAACGUAAGUUCGGGUGUCAUUACUGGAAUUCUCACCGGUGCUGUACCGUUGCAAACGGGUGUUACAGCCAUACCACCCACCACCACGACCGCAACGAAUCAAACUUGCAUUUGUGUGCCCACAGGACGAUGCACUUCCACCCCAACCACUAACGACGGAUCAGGAUUGUUGGAUGUUCGCAUUAUAACAUCGCCAUCGGCUACAACCAACAUAGUGACUCCAGGCAUAACCCCUAACAUCGUCACCCCGACCACUUGUGCCGCAGGCUUGGAAAGGUGUUGCUUACCUGGUGGAUAUCAGUGUGGUCUGCAGUUUCCACCAGUCGCAGCUGCUAGGCAACCAGGUCCUGGACAAGCUUCCUAUGGAGAAUAUCCAUGGCAGGCAGUUCUUCUCGGUCCCGGAGAUAUAUAUGUUGGAUCCGGCGCUCUCAUUGACCCAUUAAAUGUCAUAACCGCUGCUCAUCGCAUCUCGGAUUAUACGUCAGGCGCCAGAGUUUUAAGAGUUCGGAUGGGUGAGUGGGACGCAUCGGCUGCUUCUGAGCCAAUUCCCGCACAGGAAUACACUGUCGUUAAAAUAUUUAUACACCCUAGUUAUACAGCAACGAAUCUUAAAAAUGAUAUAGCAAUGCUAAGACUUUCAUCAGCUGUAAAUUUGGGAACCACUCCAACUAUCACAACAGCCUGUCUUCCUGCUACAUCAUUCGUUGGCCAACGCUGCUAUAUUUCUGGUUGGGGUAAAAAUGAUUUUGUUAACGGUGCUUACCAGGCUAUACAAAAAGAGGUCGACGUACCAGUUAGGUCAUCUGCAGAUUGUGAAACCGCUUUGCGGACAACUCGCUUGGGAACUAAUUUUCAGCUUGAUACGACAAGUUUCAUAUGUGCUGGAGGAGAAGCUGGUAAGGACGCAUGUACAGGGGAUGGAGGAUCGCCUUUAGUUUGUGGACUUGGUGGGAGAUUUUUUGUGGUAGGAUUGGUCGCGUGGGGCAUCGGCUGUGGAACUACAAACAUUCCUGGAGUAUACGUUAAUGUGGCUUCUUACGUUCAAUGGAUAACUAGUACUGUGAAUUCAAAUUAAACAAAAACUAUUUCCCGAGUAAAAUAAAUGUAUUAACAAAACAAAA